UGUUUUAAACGGAACCAAACGUACAUCCGAUUGGCUAUGCAAUUCACCAAGGAACGAAAAAAGCCGAUUGGGCCAAGAAUUCUUUUCUAAUGGCGGAACCUUCCACCAGGAAACAGUUGUGAUGUAUUGUUCUCGUUAUAUGUGGAACAAAGAUUAGUUCUGCGCUACUUGUUUUUUAUCGUUGAAAUGGCCACGUUAGUUCUGGACAACGGAGCGUACACGGCGAAAAUAGGAUACAGUCAGGAGGAAGUCAGUGUUAUCCCAAACUGCCAGUUUCGCUCCAAGACGUCCAGGCUGAAAACAUUCACAGCCAACCAGCUCGAUGAGAUCAAAGAUCCUUCAGGCCUCUUUUAUAUCCUGCCCUUCCAGAAGGGUUAUCUGGUCAAUUGGGAUGUCCAGAGGAAAGUGUGGGAUCAUUUGUUUGGAAAAGAGAUGUUCAAGGUGGAGUUUGCAGACACCAGCGUCGUCAUCACAGAGCCGUACUUCAACUUCACAUCCAUCCAGGAGUCAAUGAAUGAGAUCCUGUUUGAAGAGUACCAAUUCCAGUCAGCUCUCAGGAUAAACGCGGGCUCUCUCAGCGCUCACCACUACUUCCACUCCAAGCCCUCAGAGCUCUGCUGCCUGGUGGUGGACACUGGGUUCUCCUUCACACACAUCGCCCCAUACUGUCGCAGCAGGAAAAUGAAAGAGAGCAUCCACAGAAUCAACGUUGGAGGGAAGCUUCUGACCAAUCACUUGAAGGAGAUCAUUUCAUAUCGCCAGUUACAUGUCAUGGAUGAAACUCAUGUGAUCAACCAGGUGAAGGAAGACGUCUGCUACGUCUCGCAGCACUUUUACAAGGACUUGGAGAUUGCACAGAUGAAGGGGGAGGAGAACACUGUGAUGAGGGACUAUGUUCUUCCAGACUUUAGCACCAUCAAGAAAGGCUUCUGCAAGCCCCGAGAAGAGAUGGUCUACAGUGGAAAGUAUAAGACAGGAGAGCAGAUCUUAAGGUUGGCAAACGAGCGCUUUGCUGUUCCUGAGAUUCUCUUUCAGCCUUCAGACAUUGGCAUCCAGGAGAUGGGCGUCCCGGAAGCCAUCAUCAACUCCAUCCAGUCCCUGCCAGAAGGUCAACUCCUAGAUGCAGCCUCACUUCUACCAGAACAUUGUCCUGACCGGAGGAAAUGCCUUGUUACCAGGCUUCAGAGAGCGCCUGGAGGCCGAGCUGCGAUCGCUUGCCCCGGCCCACCUCCCAGUGUCAGUCCUGCUACCUGCAAAUCCGAUCUGUUAUUCAUGGCAAGGAGGGAAACUGCUGGCCCACCACCCAGACUACGAGGAGAUGGUGGUGACAAGAGAGGAGUACGAAGAGAACGGACAUUGCAUUUGUGAAGAGAAGUUUGAUAUUUGAAUUUAUAAACGUGAUAAAACCUCUGAGCCACACUUGCCUGUCAGCAGACUUUUUCCUUUGUACAUCUUCUCUGCUCCUGCACCAACAGGAUGGACAAGGUCUGCCUUUCAAGUUAUUUCAGACAAAUGGAAUCAAAUAUGUGACGUGAAUAAGGAAAAGGAUUGUUUUCUACAGCUAUCAUGUUUUGUUGGAAUAUUGUUUGCAGUAGUUAUUUUUCUGAGUCAUUUACUACAUUUUCUAACCUGUGGACACACAAUUGGUGAUUGUGUUCAAGAUUGGUUUCUCAGUCUUUAAACAUAAAAAAACUGUCAACAUUUUGCCAAGAUGUUGUUUUCAUGUGUUGUUGGUGAAGAAACA